AUGGCUCGUAAUAGUCCUCCCGAGAAUAAUGAUGUUUUUGAAGGUCUUCUAAAGUCCGAGACUGCAUCUGUAGAGCAGAGAGCGGUAGCAGAACGAGCCCAAACUCAUGAUACUCAAUCCGAGCAAAGAGCAAUCGAAUUGCUAUUACAAAAUCAAACACUUCCCGUCACACUCUCUUCUAUCGAGAUCAAUGGCGCCAGACAUACGCGCGAAUCAUUCCUCGCCCCCUUAUUCCAGCCUCUCCUAAACGACAGUCGCAAUGCCGACUAUACUCUUGCUGAUAUGCUGGAUCAAGUGAGUGGAGCAGUCGCAAAAUUGCAGAAAUUCGACAUUUUCCACCCCAACAUUCUCUUCCACUUAUCUCGACCGCCUCAUCUCGACCCGUCUUCUACUCCAACAGACCUCGAUAUUUCUCUUCGUGUGCGCGAAAAGUCUCGACUCCUCCUCAAGACCGGUACCGACCUAGGCAACACAGAAGGCUCCGCGUAUGGAUCUAUGUUAUGGAGGAAUAUAUUCGGAGGUGCCGAAUCCCUGUCACUAAACGCCUCUGCCGGUACGAGAACACGUUCAGCGUACAGUGCCGAAUUCGCUACCCCGAUACAAAGCAAUCCCAAUUUGCGCCUCAGUAUUGAAGGACUCGCUAGUAGUACGCAGAAGCCAUGGGCGAGUCAUGAGGAAGUUCUAAAAGGCGGAGGCGUCAAGCUGCAUUGGCUGAAGGACAAUGGUGACCGACAUCAACUUGGUUACUCCGGUGCCUGGAGGCAAUUAACGGGCCUUGCAGCAGAAGCGAGUCCUACUGUUCGAGGCGAUGCAGGAGACUCUGCUAAGAGUGCUAUAUCUUACCUAUUCCAACGAGAACGGAGAGAUAAUCCUAUGUUACCGCAAAGCGGAUACCUCGUCAAGACGGCCACGGAGCUUGCCGGGUGGGGAUCCCUAGGUGGAGAUGUCGGCUUCUCCAAGAGCGAGUUGGAGGUUGCCGGCGCAGUACCCAUCCCUAUACCUGGGAUUCGAGGACCCUCUGGCGUAUCCAUCGGCGGUGGCUUCCGAGCGGGUUUACUUUAUCCUCUUCCUUUAAUGUACGGUUUCGGUGGUGCGUCGCCAAGUCGGAUUAACGAUCGAUUCACCCUCGGAGGCCCGACAGACGUGCGAGGUUUCUCGCUAGGUGGUCUCGGUCCUAGAGAUGGCAACGAUGCUCUUGGCGGCGAUGUUUUUGCGGCAGGGAGUGUAAACAUGCUUAUCCCUCUACCCCGGGUUGGACCUGAGUCUCCAUUCCGGCUGCAGCUUUUUGCCAACGGUGGCAGGCUGGUAGCGAUGAAGAACAAAUCCGGUGAUACUGAUAAGACAGCCAACCAACGCCUAAGUGCCAGCACGGUAUUCGACGGUAUGGUUUCCGCAACCAAGGACCUCAGCACCGGACUACCUAGUAUUGCUGCUGGUGUAGGGCUCGUAUAUGCACACCCAAUUGCAAGAUUUGAGCUAAAUUUCAGCUUGCCAUUGGUUAUGAGGCGGGGAGAAGAGGGUCGGAAAGGAUUACAAGUCGGUGUUGGAAUUAAUUUCCUAUAA